CAACGUUUUAACUCUUUGUCGUUCUAUUAAGUGCUGAGAACAGAUGCCAUGGCACCAUCUCUGAUGCUCGUUCUGCUGGCCAUUGCGAUAGCAAGGGCUGAGCUUAAUACUGCCGAUGAUGUGGUUCAGUUUGUACAGUCAAACUGUGUGUCUAUCGGGGCUGUGGCCCAAGAAACCUGCAAUAACUGUGAACGUGCCUGUCGUCCAUCUCUAGAACUUGGGGAAUAUUGUGAAGAAUUCUGCGAAGGUGACAGAACUGACAAGUGUGAUGUCCUUGGGAAGUUCCGACCUGGGGAUGCUGCUCGCUACAAUGACACUGCUGAAGUUCACUGCGGCUCGAACGAAUUUACCGAUAUCUGCAGAAUCCUCCGAUCUCUCCGUGACGCAGCUCUGCUUUUGGAGAGUGGUAAUCCCUGUGUAUCCGCUGCUGCCUCCGCUGAGGAAGAUGACACCUCGAAGGACAAGGAUGUGUGUUCAGAAUUACUGGCAGACAGUAAAGACCUUGUCCUUUGCAAACCGUCAGACAUAACAAAUGAGAAGGAAGAAGCUCCCCGUGGUGCAGCGGCAGCCGAUGGUCACGUGCCGCUUUCACGUGACGACCACAAAGGACCAGGUGGACUCCUGCGCCCACGACGAGAGGCUACAAGAGACACCACCGUAAAAGUGCAAGCUCCCGCCGGCGCCUUCCCUAACACAGAUCGGAGCUGCGAUGGACAGUGCAAAGAAAGCUGUGCUGGGGAUGAAACGUCGACUUGGCACAAUUGUGAAUCGGGAAAGUCCUGCUGUUUUCCACUCGAGGGACAUGAAGAACUAUUUGAAUCGACCGACAAUGACACAUCCGAUGCAGUGGGAGAUCGCUCUUUGUCCAUAGCGAUGCUAAGCGUUUUUAAUACAAAUCGGAGCUGCGAUGGACAGUGCAAAAAAAGCUGUGCUGAGGAUGAAACGUCGACUUGGCACAUUUGUGAAUCGGGAGAGUCCUGCUGUUUUCCAUUCGAGGGACAUGAAGAACUAUUUGAAUCGACCGACAAUGACACAUCCGAUGCAGUGGGAGAUCGCCCUUUGUCCAUAGAGAUGCAAAGCGUUUUUAAUACAAAGCAAGACUGCAAGCUUCAACGAGGGGAAUGUAAAGGUGAAUGUGGACAUGGCGAGAUUGAAGUCUGGUACACUUGUGUCUCCGGACAGGCCUGCUGCUUCCAGAUGAUAUCUACCAUAUUUACAGAACGUCAACCAGUCAUUGGUCAGAGUGGUGGUACCCUGACUUCGGACGAAGCAGCCCCUUCCCAAGAAAUACACAUGCGGGACGUUUUUGGCGCAGAUGACCGCAAUAUUUGCGAGCCAACGGGCACCUGCAAGGGAAAGUGUGAAGACGUAAUGGAGGUGGAGUUAUCUUGGUAUCAGUGUGACGCAACUGACGAGACAUGCUGCGUUGUUGCGGGUCAGUAAAGACAUCAUGAUGCUGUUUUAGCAAGACACAUUAACUGGUAUGUUUGGAGGUGACCAACCCGUCGGACGACCAUGUAACAGGUGUACUGGCUUACUUUCGCUGCUCAAUAAAAACUGCAUCACCA